AUGCUUUCUUUCAACGUCUUCACCAUCUUGGCCGCUGCCGUCGCCAGUGUCGCCGCGUUCCCUGCCGGAACUCCCACCGUUGGCAACUCAGUUGGUACUCGCACGUUUUUGACAGGAGUCACGCACUCUGUCGUCGCAGGGCGCGCAGGACAACUCGUGUAUGACCCGGAUAAUGUCGUAGCUCAACCAGGCGACACCGUCGAGAUUCACUUCCUCGCCGCCAACCACUCCAUUGCGCAAUCCGACUUUGCCCACCCCUGCACGCCCCUUGCAGACGGCACUGGCCUGUUCGCCGGCUUCAACUUUGUCACUUCCGAGGGCCAGAACCCCAACGUCUACCAGUUCACGGUCAUCGACAAUGACCCGCUCUGGUUCUACUGCCCUCAGCCGAAGGGCGCGCACUGCACCAAGGGCAUGCUGCUCGCCGUGAACCAGAACUUUGACAGCCAAAACACGCUUUCGAAGCAGAGGGAGCUUGCGGCUCAGGUUGUGCCUGUCGUUCCUCCUGUUAUCCAGGGUGGCAGACUGGGCGGUUUCGAGCGCGCCAACCCCAACCCUGACAGUGGAUUCUAA